AUGGUAUGGCUGAUUUCAGAUUUGGUGACCACAAAUUUAGUUGGGGCAACCAGUGAUUAUGAAUAAUCAGAUGAUGAUAAUACGAAGAUUGAAGCUGGUCAAUGUGAACAGAGCAAUGAUCAGCUGGAUGUUAAAAAGCAUAAAAGGAUGGUUUCGAACAGAGAAUCCGCUAGGCGGUCAAGAAAAAGAAAACAAGCACAUUUAACCGAUCUUGAGCAACAAGUGGAACUACUGCUAGGAGACUACUCAGAUUUGUUCAAGCAACUCACGAGUGCGAGCCAUUAUUUCAAAGAUGCCUCAACGAACAACCGAGUGAUCAAGUCAGAGGUGGAAGCUUUGAGAGCUAAGGUAAAGUUGGCUGAAGAUAUGCUGGCUAGGGGCUCAUUAACAUCAAACCUUAGCCACCUCCUUGAGAACCUGUCUAGAAUGGGCAUGGGCAACGUCUCUCCAACUGUAACCAUGCGUGGGGACGGCCAUGGACCCCACGUUGGUCUACCUGUUCUCGGGCAACACAUGAUGGGUGGACUAGAUUCUAAUCCUGUCAUCUACGAUAGUAACGUCAAGAAUGGUGCUAUAAACAGUAAUGGUGGAAGUUGCACGUCUAAUAUAUGGUCGGGUUGAACGUAUAAUAAAAGGGUUUCUUGCUUUUGAACCCUCUCGCAAGCCUUUCACGUUCGUGUUGUGUUCUUUUGCACGUAACUUUAUUGUAUUUAUGUAAUGCUUGUAUAAUUAGAAUUGUUAGACAUGAUCUUGAUGUAGUAUAGAUUUAGUAUAUGAUGAGACUGUGGAUGAAUGCCA